AUGGCUCAAUACCUGAAUUACUUCUAUUUGCUACAAACCAUCUCCAUUGUAUACGUUUUUGUCACAGUCACAUGCACCCGAUCAUCACUAAGCCAUGAUGAGGAAUGCUCGGCCUUGUUCCAAUUUAAGCAAAGCAUCAUUCAUGAAGAUGAUGCUGCUUGUGCUAUGAGUGGAUUUCAAAUGUUUGACUCAUGGAAACCCACGAGAAAUGCAUCGAAUAACGGUUUUGAGUGUUGUUCGUGGGAUGGAGUGGUCUGUAGCAAAGACGAUGAAUAUGGUCAUGUGAUCGGUCUUGACUUGAGCGAAAGAUUUAUUUGUGGGCAUAUCAACUCUAGCAGCACCCUCUUCCGCCUUGUUCAUCUUCAGAGGCUCAACCUUGCAAUGAAUGAUUUUUAUGAAUCUCAAAUCCCGUCUGAGAUUGCUAGUCUAAAGCAAUUAAGAAGCCUCAAUCUCUCUGGUUGUGGGUUUAGUGGCCAAAUCCCGAAUGAAAUUUCACAAUUGGUGCAAUUGUCUUCUUUAGAUCUGUCAUGGAAUCCACUAAAGCUUCGAAGUCCUAGCCUGAAGAACCUGGUGCAAAACUUAACAGGACUUGAAGAACUCCAUCUCUCAGGGGUUGACAUUAAUUCUUCGGUACCUCAUUUCUUGGCCAACUUUUCUUCUUUUCGGUCAAUCAUGCUAGAAGAUUGUUUGCUUCAAGAUGAAUUCCCUGUAGCCAUAUUUGAGCUACCAAAGUUGAAAAUUCUUAGUUUGGCAUCCAAUAGCGACCUCUCUGGUUCCUUCCCAGAGUUUCGUAAAAAAAGCUUACUUGAACAUGUGGAUCUAGCUUUCACAGGUUUCUUUGGGACUUUACCAGAAUCCAUAGGCAACCUAAACCAUUUAAUAUUAUUGGUCCUUUCUGGAUGCUCUUUCUCGGGGCGCAUGCCAAGUUCGCUCUCUAAUAUGACACAACUCACUAACUUGGGUCUUGGUAGCAAUAAUUUCACAGGCUUCGUUCCUUCAUUGGUCAGUCUUUCGAAACUCAAUUCUUUGGAACUUGAUGAUAACAAAUUCGAGAAGGAACGCUUGCCCAAUUGGAUUGGCAAGCUGACUAAACUUGAUGAACUGUCUCUAGCUAAUAUGAAUAUACACGGGGAAAUCCCAGUCUUUCUUGCCAAUCUAACCAAACUUAGUGUAGUUUCAAUGGGAUAUAAUUUUCUUACCGGUCAUAUGCCAUCCUCGUUUUUCAACCUCACACAACUAACACAGUUAGUCCUUUAUAAAAAUCAAUUGCAAGGACCAAUUUCACGCUCUUUUUCCAACUUUAAAAGUCUACAGCUUCUUUUUCUUCAGUAUAACGAGUUCAGUGGUAGGCUAGACUUAGACAUAUUCCUAGGACUCAACAAACUCCAAAAUCUUAAUUUAGGUUAUAACAAAAUCUCAUUAGUGGACAACAACAACUAUAGCGAUAGCACCUUACCAAACUUGAAAGUCUUAGGUCUCCAAUCAUGCAACGUGAAGAAAUUUCCUGCCUUUUUGCGCUUCCAAAAUAGAAUGAAUGGCUUAUUUUUUGCCUACAACAAAAUAGAUGGCAUGGUACCGAUAUGGAUAUGGAACAACAGCCGAGAAACAUUACAGGUGAUUAACCUUUCCAACAAUUCAAUCACUGGCUUUCAUCAGCAUCCUCGUUUUCUGCCAUGGGAACGUUUAGAAGGAUUUUUCAUCGGUAAUAAUCAGGUACGAGGACAACUACCAAUUCCACCAAAAACAACAGUUUUUUAUGACGCCUCAGAUAAUAAUCUGACUGGAGAAAUACCAUCACUAAUAUGUGAAGUGAAACCUCUUCAACUGUUGGAUCUGUCUUCUAACCACAUGAGCGGAACACUUCCACCAUGUUUAGGCAGCUUAAGCAAUUCGAUGUUGGUUUUUAAUCUGAGACGAAAUAACUUCCAUGGAACAAUGAUGAAUGAGUUUAUGCAUGGAAGCAUGUUGAAAAGCAUCGAUUUGAGCGAAAAUAGAUUUAUGGGUCAGCUGCCAAGAUCAUUGAUAAAUUGUACAAAUUUAGAGGUUCUCUCGCUUGGAGAGAACUCCUUUAAUGACAUCUUUCCUUCUUGGUUGGGAACUCUUGCCCAACUGAAAGUUCUGGUUUUGCGGUCCAACAGCUUUUACGGUCCAAUUCAAGGCUCCAUAAAUGUUGGUUCACAGUUCUCUAAGUUGCGGAUCAUAGACAUCUCUAACAACGAUUUUAAUGGUCAGUUGCAGCAAAAGUAUUUCCAAACUUGGAAUGCUAUGAAAUCGGUCUAUGAAGGCAAUUCAUCCGUUAUGGCAUCCGAGAUAUCCUCUGCCUUGGGAACGUUCCACACAAAUUCAUCAUACUCCAUGACAUUGAUACACAAAGGUGUCAGAACAGAGUACCAAAAGAUUUUAACCAUAUUCACAGCUAUUGAUAUCUCGUCGAACUAUUUUGAAGGAGAAAUCCCACUAUCACUCCAAGAUCUUCAAGGGCUUGAAUCACUCAACCUUUCAAACAACCGUUUUACCGGACCUAUCUUGCCAUCAUUGGGGUACCUAACGAAUCUUGAAUCAUUGGAUCUCUCUCAAAACCAGCUAUCCGGAGAAAUUCCUCAUCAAUUGUUGCAACUCGGUUUCCUUGCGAUUUUCAAUGUGUCCUUCAACCAUCUUGAUGGGCACAUACCGCAAGGGAAACAAUUUAAUACAUUCGAGAACAACUCCUACGAAGGGAAUCCCCGGUUGUGUGGACUACCUUUAUCAAAGGAAUGUCAAGACUCAAAGGUGACAAGACUUCCAUCAGCAAGUGCAAGAAAUACGUCUGCGUCUCUCCUUCCAAAGGAAACUAUUGAUUGGAUUAUCAUAUUCUGUGGAGUUGGAAGUGGGCUAGUUGUUGGGAUUGUUAUCGGAAACUUUUUACAAACACGGUGUAUUGAUCGAAUCAGAAAAAAGACAUAUGGAUAA